AUAUCGUAAACUUAUUAUGUUUAAAAAAUUGAUAGACACAUAUAUUAUAAUAUAUACCAAUUUAGAAUUGAAAACAAAAUAUUUAUAUAAAAAUAAAUAAAAACAAAAACAUGCGCGGUUGCGCAGGUCAAGAUCUAGUUACAGAUGAAAAUCGAAGUUUGUAUAUAUUCUUCAUUAAUACAAGAGAAUAAUCAAUUUAAGGACUACCAUUUAACACAAAAAGUUUUAUGUUGCUCCCAUAUUAUUUAUCUAUGCUACUUGUGAAAAAAAAUUGAUGAUGAAAGAGAUGAUAGUCAUAGAGAUUAAAGGUUGUAAUAUCAGAAGAUAAACCAUGUGAGGCCUGAUACAAAAUCCUUGUCAACAAGUUUCUGGCGGGAUCACUCUCUCUUUUCAUUUUCAAACAGGCAAUGCCUGAGAUUUGACUCGCUAGUAAUGUUCUUGGGCCUGUUGUUCCUUACCUGCCAAGAAAGAGAAAAAACAAAAACAAAACCAUUGCCAGUAUUCAGAUCAUGCAAUCUACAGUAGUCAAAGCACAUUUAACAUGUAUACCAGCUGUUUCUAUUUGUUUUCCAAAGUAAUGAUAGCAGUUUUUAACAGAAGUUCAAGCUGUGGAUUUGUGAGGAUUAUCUAUAGCUUAUUAAUUAGAGCAUCUACAACACAUCUUAUUUGUCUUUCUAUAAUCCUAUUUAUAAACUAAAAUACCAUAUAUAGCAAUAUAGAUGCGUAUAUAUAAUCUAGACCACAAAAAGAAGUACAUCAUCAGUAUCCUAAAAAUAAAUAUGAAAAAUCUCUCAAUCUUUCUAUGUGUGGUUAGCUUCUGCAUGAUUAGCCAUGUAUACGGCAGCAUCAGGAUUUCAAACGAACUCAAAUUCAAGAAAAAGCUCUCUAUAAGCUGUUACUCCAAAGACAACCGAAUGAAGACAGAGAUGAUAGAACCAGGAGCACGAUAUGAAAAAUACUUCAACACCAACAUUUUCGGGACAACGCGUUUCAUGUGUACGUUGAGACAAGGGCCUAAUUAUAGACACACUCAGAGCUUUACAGCAUUCAAACAGGUAAGUCCCAGUGAUAAUGGAGCCUUGUGGGACUGGAGAGCCAGAGAAAACGGUAUCUAUUUAAAAGUGUGGGCGGGCAAACAUGAGCAAGGCGGGGCCUAUAUGCAUAAAGCGUUUGAUUGGAUUUACUAGUUGAAGAGACAAGCUUAUACACUUU